UUUAGUGAGCAGAGCGAUGGACCUGAGAGUUGAUGAAUUCCUGCUGAAGCCAGCAGUGGUUGGUGUAAAACUGGAUAAACAGACUUGGAUGAAAAGCUUCAUCAAAGCUACGAUCACGCCCAAAGUGAGUGCAAGAAAUGAACCUCCUGUAUUCAUUUGAACUGUAGUGAACAUUCAUUUCAAGUGAGCAUUAGAUGUUGUCAAAGGUGAUCUAAAUGUAAAAAAUGAGCAUGUACAAUUGCAUAUCCAAUAUGAGUUAGUGUGCCCAAUGUCCACUGAUACCAAUAAAUAAAAGAAAUCCUUAAUAUUGCCUGAUAACACAGUUUUGAUAUUCUAAUAUGAAUCUAUGUUUACUCUUCCUGCACAGUGUGUUGGCGAAAUAUGUGGGUGCAGGAGGGACGAUAGCAAUCUGGACUGCUUUCUUCUGGAUGAUGGAGGCUUCCUUGUCAUGACCAAUAAGGAUGAUUAUAUCAAUAAGAUCGGACAGUUUUUCGGUAUGAUUGACCCCAGCCUAAUGAGGAAUCUGAUAAACGAAUCCCUGUUUUCCGUCAACAUAACCUACGACUACCAGGCCCUCUGUGAUCCCACCAAAGAAACUAAAGCCGCCGCUGGUCUCAGAUCAGUCUAUGUGCCCACCAUAGCUGACAUCCUGAACAUUGGUUGGUGGGCUUCUGCAGCAGCCUGGUCGAUAUUGCAGCAGUUGUUUGUCAGCAUCACAUUUCCUAACUUCCUUGAGGCAGCGGACCUAGACGAUGACCUGUCUGAGAUGCCAUCUAAAGAGAGUUGCAUUAAAGAGCAGAAACAAUAUUUCUUUGAGAACAAUGAGACAUCUUUUAAGGGGACUAUUGAUUGUCAAAACUGCUCCAGGCAGUUCAUAGCUGAAAAGCUUCCAAAAACAAAUCUGGUGCUUAUUGUUGCCGACUCAAAAGAACCGUGUUGCCAGGUUGAUGAAAGAUUUUUCUCCCAGGAAGAAAAGCCUUCUCCAGGUCCUGACCCCUGUGAGAUAGCCCUGAACCCACGCUAUCGGAAAGGUCCGCACCAGUGCUUUGACAACAACACAAGUGAGCAGAAUGAGGAUUGCGGUGGGGCGUCAAGUCUGAGUCCAUCUAUCGAGUCCAUGAUCAUCAUCCAGCUGCCGCUGCUCUGGCUUCUGAUUGGACGAGGACACUGCCUCUCGUGACCUCAGCAUAGAGACGCCACACCCCUCUACAAUGCCAAAACGUACAUUUAAACAUUCAUCUGGACUCCCACGCUACAGCCCAGCACAUGGAGGGAGAGGCUCUGACCCAGGAAGUACAAAACCCAAGCCGAGAUCACUCACAGCCUUUGAGGUCAAAGUAGGUCGGAGAUGAUAAAUGAGCAACGACCUUUGACAUUUGACCCGUAAGGUCAGACUCCUUCCUCAUGAGCGACAGGGUGGGCAGACCUUGACACUUCAUCGUCACUUCGCUGUGAAGAAAGGUCCUGUCUUUAAAACGAAAAAAUAAUCCAAUCACAACACUGCCAACCAAAGUUUCGCCCUUUACCGGUGUGAUGCCUUUUUUAACCUACUUGUCCUUCGACAUAUUUACACGGCUAAUUCCUCAGUAUUACAAACUUUUAUGGCUUGCCCUGCUGAGAUUUUUAAAGGAUCCUUCUGGGUUGGGUCAAAAUCCAGCCUUGUUUGUGGUCUGCAGCCCAUUACUGGAAAAGAAAAGGACAAGUGAGCUUGUGACCCGAUGCAAAGGUCUCUUGUUUUUCCCAGUGGUCUCCACCUCUGUGCCUCGGGAAUAUCGGUUUCGUUUCUGACCGCUGUUUCGAGUGAACAGUACCUCCCUCUCUUUGUCCGUGGGUACCUGUAUUCACUAUUUUUUAUCGGCCCAUAGUGCGUUUCAGAUGCACCCAGCUGCCAAACCUUACCUUGUGUGUGGUGUUGCUGUACUUUGCCCUUGAUGCCAAGCAGGUCGUGUGGCCAAGCAGCCCUUUGGUUCUCAUUCAGGGCUUUUUAAAUGACAGCCGAUUCGUAUCGACCUAAAAGCUUGCUGUGUGUGUUUUUGGUGCGUUAGCUGUUUAUUUGAGAUGGUUUAAAGUAAUGCAAAUGAGCAAAGAGUUUUCUGCUGUAUGUUUAAUGUGGAGUUUUAUGUGCUCUGUUUAAUGUAUGUGUGUGGAUAUGUAGUUGCUGACUGGUGAAAGGCGUUUAUGACAUAGUUGCUCUUUCCCAUGUUUUAAUUUCAUCUGGAGAACUCAGAAAGGUGGAAAGAAUAUUAUCUAAUGUUUACAGAUAUUUUUAUAAGAAAUCUUGGGCCUGGUUGUGCUGUCUGAGUCUCUAAUGUGUCGUUUUUCACUUUAAUGUCAGAGGCAGAGCUCUGUCAGCCUUUUUUUUUUUUCUGUCAACGUGCCUUGAUGUGAAUGGUUUCAUAUAAAAUUAAGCAAAGGAAUAUCACAAUGUGCAAUCUGACCCAGAGAAAUGCAAAAUAUCAUCAUUCUGAUCUGAUGAAAAAUUCAACUUCUGUCCCUUUAAGAGGUCCUGACUGGAUCUUUGUGCCUCAUUGAAAUCUUGGCCAAAAUUCAACAUUUAUGGAAUAAUUAAGAUUUUGAGAAGAGACAAGAAUACUUACGGAAGCCCUGGACUGCUCACAAAUUGAAUGUUAUAAAAAUAUUCUUCAGUGUUUUAUUUGUUUAAUAUUCAUAAUAAUAAUAUAUAUAUAUAUAAAUAAUUAUUAUGUCUGUAGAAAAGCCAAGCUACCUUUUUUUUUUAAUUGAAGUAUUCAGUUCAAAGUUUUUUUUUCUGUUUUGAAGAGAAGGAGGGAUGCCUAAUGCUUAGCCAGUACCCAAUAUAUUCAAUAUUGUAUUGAUUAUGAAAUAUGGUGAUUAAUUAAUAGCAAACAGAUGAUUUCUGCAAGUAAUAAUGGGCUUUUGGCUUAUGUACAAAAUCAUUUGGGUAUCUGUCAGAGCUGAUUACCAUCGUGUUCUUUCUAAUUUUAGAAGAGUAGACAAACAGGAAAUUAAAAAAAAAAAAAACACAUGAAGACACACAACAUCAAAUCCAGAAUGGAAAGUGAAUUUUAGUGAGCAACAUCUCUGCUACUUUAUGCAUCAUUUCCUCUGUACACAGGAAACGGUUUUGGUAAUGCACCUGAAAACAACAUGAUUGGACUUUGUGGAUUUGGCUUGCGUUGAAAAGCCAUUCUUCUCAAACUCUUUCCAUGAUUUAUCACUGUAAUCAGACAAGCAUUCUAGAUGUGAUGUGCAUUAAAUCAGUGUAUGAUAAAAAAAAAAAAAAAAAAGAACAUCGUAGUUAAUUGGCUGUCAACAUGAGAAAUUAUUGAAAACAUUUCCAGUUCCAGACUGUUAACUCAAAGAAUUACCCACGUUAAUUCCCGGCAAAAGUAAUGUCAUCUUGUUCAUCUAUACUAAGUAUAAAGUACAUAUUUGAAAUACUGUAUCCCGUAAUGCAAUGCAUCCAACUUGACCUUCUUUUAAAAAAAACUAAACAAAAAUUGACAUAUUUAUACAAAUCAGUACACAUUGUUUCCCAUCUGAUGAUGUCACAAUGUAGGAUUCUACUGUUUAAAAAGUGCAUAUGAAAAUUUAGGACUCGGACCUUAAAGGCGUGAAAGGUGCAAUUACAUUUAGCAAAAUUGCACUGGAAAAAAUCGAGUUAUUUCAGUAGGAAUCUGUGCGAUCUUGAGCUUCGUAUGAGGACGGUAGCAGAUUUUGUGAAUAUUUGCUGGCUUUGAAAGUCAGCUGUGCUUCAUACGUCAUUACAUUACCGACAAAGGACUUUUUUGCUAAAUCUCGCUGAAAUUUCGUUAAUGUGACCUCACCUUAACAUUCACUGCCUUUUUCACUGAGCUCCGAUGCUGUCACCUCAGGAACAGAAAAUUGCUAAAUGUGAUUUAAAAAGCUGUCUCUCUGCUCUGUUUGGGUUUUGAUCUCUGGAAUUGUCUGAUAGUGUGAAGUGUGUUUUAAGUGGUCAGUCAGAUCCUGCUGCCUCCACUUGUCUCCUGGCUGACCGUUAGUCUGCAUCAGUCAGUUUUUGGAGGACUUAUCCCUAGGCUUAUUUUCAGCCCCCUUAACUGUACUGUCAUCCAGUGGUUCACAUCUGGUUUUGCUUCAAGAACCAGAUUUCAAGUGGUGACCCAAACAAUAGCAAAUGUAACCUUCAUUUAAUGUAGUCUGGUUUUUUUAAACCACACAUAGUUUUGUUCAUGGUUUUCAAUUUCAAACAGCCGUGUUGUCAUCGGCCUAAUUUGUUUAAAUAGCUUCUAGUAAAAUGACAAAUUAAAUUACGCCAAAGUAUUUGACGUCAACUAAAAAAAAAAAGAUAUAGGAAGCACUUACUCUUUCUUUUAAAAAGCUGAUGUUUAGACGUGCAGUCUUUUACGGAGCCCCGCACAUGGCAUGCAGGAAAAAAUAGUAGGCUAAAUUGUGUGCACGAUUUACUAAUUCAUUCCCUCAAUGUACUAAAACGUGCACACGAUUACUAUUAAAUUCCCUCGAUUUAUUAUUACGUGUGCAUGAUUUAGCAAAUCAAGGGAACACAAUAGUAAAUCGAGGGAACGUAAUAGUAAUCUUGUGCACGUUUUAGUACAUUGAGGGAACGAAUUGGUAAAUUGUGUGCACAAUUUAUUUAUUUUUUCUUGCAUGUCAUGUGCGGGGCUCCAUAGUCUUUUAAUGUGUCAUACUGUAUUUUUUUUAAAUAAUAAUAAUAAUAAUAAUAAAAUAAAAACUUUUUCUACUCAAUUUUUUUUUUAAGUUUUUAAUGUUUUUUGGAUGAAUUAUUAACACAACAGGUAUACAACAGUACAACCAACUGUAUUAUCUUCCCUCAGAGCAUUGUUUUCCUUUUUUAUCCUUUUGCAUUUACCUUAAGGUAUAAUGAUAAUUAAAAAUGUUAAGUAAUUAUCUAAGGCAGAAAUGAUAAAAAGCCCACUGUUUAUAAUCCAGGAACUGUCUAAAAUUCAUGUUCAAGUAUAUUCAGAAUAAAAACUUUAUCAACAG